GCAUGCAUCCAUCUGACGUUUUCGCAUCAAUGAAAUGAAAAUCAACCAAAUCGUCUACUGGCUCUGUCUAUUCGUGGCAGGGAUAGCGUUAACUGGCAACACUGUUUGGGCCAAAAUACCAACCGAAGCAAUAAUGAGAAAGGCAACCAUAAUCUUUGAAAGGAAACCGGGAACGCCAACCACCGUGAAUUGUGGCAAGAAAAAAGGCUCCUGCCAACAGCAGAAGAAGUACUGCGCAGCAUUUUACAUGGGCCAAGACCAUUACGUGACAAGAGCUCGCUGUUUGGUUGGCAUGGAUGGGAAAAUUGUUGAACCGAACAAAUUAUCCGUUCUUGGGCCUGGAGUUGUGAAUAUAACGAUCGCAUUACACAAAAACUUCAAGAAUCCAAACGGAACGGACAUUGCGUGGAUUGUUAUUAAAGAUCCCAGAUUUAAGGUUCGAGAAAAAUUCGUAGUUGCCGAACACAAUCCUAAGCAUUGUGUUCGAUAUCAACUGAAGAUGGUUGACUCCAAAUCGACUGAUAUUCAUGCUCGUUUCCGGUGGAUUAAACAAAAGAGCACACCUCACCCAGCUGCAGUUGGUUCGAAAAUCAUUCCAAGAAUUUACAAAGGUACUAGUGGUUUCAAAUUCAAUGAGACAAUAAAACCACAAAUGGAACAUGUUGUGAUGUGCAGCACAAAAGCAAAACCGAAAGAUUAUGAAUUGCACUACAUAUUUUUCGCUUGGUUUGAUGGAAAGCAGACGAUAGAUUUGGACUGUCAUCAAGCGAAAUGCGGAGUACUUGACUCCAGCAAUACGGUUAUAGUGAAAGUGCCACCUCCGGUGUUGAACUAUACGUAUGAGUACUACUAUGAGUACAUAAAUGUCACAACGCCUCUGCCGCCUCCAAAACCAACGUCUAAACCAACAACUACAACAACAUCCACAACAACAUCUACAACAACAUCCAAACCAACAACCAAAGCAACGCCUAAACCAACAACUACAACAACAUCUACAACAACAACCACAACAACAUCCAAACCAACAACCACAACAACAUCUACAACAACAUCCAAACCAACAACCAAAGCAACGCCCAAACCAACAACCACAACAACAACAACCACAACAACAUCCACAACAACAUCCAAACCAACAACCACAACAACAUCCAAACCAACAACCAAAGCAACGCCCAAAUCAACAACCACAACAGCAUCCACAACAACAACCACAACACCAUCUUCAACAACAUCCAAACCAACAACAACCUCAACAACACCCAAACCAACAACGACAACAACAACCACAACAACACCCAAACCAACAACGACAACAACAACCACAACAACACCCAAACCAACAACCACAAAACCAUCCACAACAACUCCCAAAUCAACAACUAAGCCAACAUCUAAGCCAACAUCCAAAGCAACAUCUAAACCAAAGUCUACUACAAAAUCUAAACCAAAACCCAAGCCAACAUCUAAGCCAAAGUUAAAGCCCAAGCCCAAACCAAUACCUUUAUUUCAAACCCAAUACGUUUACGAAUAUGAGUACAUAGACGUACCACCAGAAAUCAUGAUUGCUCCAGUAGCUGGGGUAAUGCCGGUAUAUUCUCGAACAACCAAUAGACCCAAGCCGGAAGAAAAAAGCCUCAAGCCAGAUCUGUCGCCAGACCUGCAGCCAGACCUGCAGCCAGAACUGCAGCCAGACCUGCAGCAAAACGACGAUCCGGACGAUUCCCCCUUCGACGAUGAAUACUCCGAAGUCAUUACCACUUCCGAGCCACCCAAAAGAUGUUGUAGAUUUUGCUGCGAAGAUUGCCGUUGCCCGCAAACGAAACGAACACCGUACCGAUGCCGACACAUGCCACCGCCAUCGACUCCAGCUCAGGAAAGGCACCUUGCUGGGAAAUUCGGAGCAUCAACUGGAAGUCCCCACAUGAAGCAACCAUGCAAGAUCAGCGACGCGCUUUCUCCGGAAACGGAAGAUAUCUAUCGGGUCAUCUGGGAAGUACUUAGGCGAAGCCGGAGGUUUAAGUCGAGUAGGGCAACAUGUACGAAACUUGGCGGCUUUAUUGGCGCAGUGGCAUUCGUUGGAACAGUGUUUGCAAUGUGAGAUGUAUUUCGUUGA